CACACACCCUCUCUCUCUCCUACAGUUGCGCUCUGACGCUUUAGUCUCCAAGUCGGAGCUCCAACAACCUGGAACUACGCGACAAACAGCACCGAGGAGACGGGGUACCCGUACCAUGCAGCCCGGGGAGGAAGACAAUCUGGGUCCGUUGAUUUUUGAUCCCUUUCUUCAUUGACGGAGUAUUUUCUUCUUUACUGCAAUCUCAUUUAUCUGACAUACCUUCACUCGUUCGCGCACCCGUGCGCGCUCUCCCAUCGCCAUACGGAUACGCGGAGCUCGUUCUCUUCGCGCUUUUCUUUUGCAAUUGAACAUUAAGCCAUCAAAGGAGCUAAAACAUUAAGGGAAACACCUGGCAAAAUGGAUUUAUUCUCCGUUCCACCCCGUGUCGGCUGGUGGAGGGUCUUGUUUCUCUUGAGCAUCUUCCAAGAUUACAUGAGCUCCAUGCUGGACUGCCCGCCGACCUGCACUUGUUCGGUUACGGACAUCUUUUGCAAUAAGUCUUACCAAGGGAAUUUCUUUCCCCUGCUGGCACUACAGGACACAGUGAGCGACGGGAAUACCACCAACAGCCUCCAGGACCUGUUUGAGAACAUCACAUCAAUACAUAUUGAGAAUUGGUCGGGCUUGCAGACGUUGAGCAGUGUGGACAUGGAGCUAUACACUGGCCUUCAGAGACUGAGCAUUGUGAACUGCAACCUACGUGGGAUUCAGUCGCGAGCGUUUGCGAAGAACCCUAACCUGCGUUACAUAAACUUGUCCAGGAAUCCCCUGACGACUCUUUCUUGGCAGCUUUUUCAGCAUCUUCAACUUUCAGAACUGAAGCUGGAAGGAGUCGUGUUUAACUGCAGCUGCCAAAUCCGCUGGAUCCAGCUGUGGCAGCAGAGAGGCGAGUCUGGACUCCAUAACCAGCACUUGUACUGUAACAACGGCUUUUACAAGAUCCCCCUACACCUGAUGAACAUCUCUCAGUGUGAUAUACCAGAGAUGAGUGUAAGUCACAGUAACUUGACGGUGAUGGAAGGAGACACAAUCACAGUCACCUGUAAUGGUUCGGGGGUGCCGGUACCAGAAGUGGAUUGGACUGUAAAUGGACUUCACUCCAUUAAUACUCACCAAUCCAAUCAAUACCCACCGAAUGUCCACUCUAUCAACUUAACUCUGGUCAACGUCAGCCGGGAGGAUAACGGCUUCAUGCUGACCUGCAUUGCAGAGAAUAUAGUUGGGAUGACUAAUUCCUCCAUACAACUGUCAGUUCAAUAUCCUCCUGUCAUUAUAAGUUUCGAGGAACCCGAGAAAAGGCACGACACAUGUAUGCUCUUCACGGUGCGCGGGCAUCCCCUGCCCACCCUGCGGUGGUUUUAUAAGGGCAUGGAGUUGAAGCCAACCGACUACAUCCACCCAGAGAUGGCCGUCUAUCAGGACAAUCUGGAGGGAUGCCUUAAGUUUCAAAACCCCACCCACCACAACAAUGGCAACUACACACUAGAGGCCCGCAACUCUCUGGGUGUAGCUGUCAAAACCGUUUGUGCCCACUUCCUGAAGCCACCUUUUGCAGACUACAUAGAUUAUGUGAGUCCGGGUGUUCCAACCACAACAGAUCGGCCCGAAGAGGACACAUUUGGUGUGUCGAUUGCGGUUGGCUUGGCUGGCUUUGCCUGUGUUCUCCUUGUCGUCAUGUUUGUGCUAAUCAACAAAUAUGGCAGGCGUUCAAAGUUUGGCAUGAAAGGACCAGUGGCUGUAAUCAGUGGAGAAGAAGACUCGGCCAGCCCUCUCCACCACGUCAACCAUGGCAUCAUAACCCCAUGCACAUUGGAUGCCGGGCCAGACGCCGUGGUGAUUGGCAUGACGCGCAUCCCAGUCAUAGAGAACCCGCAGUACUUCCGGCACGGGCCUAAUUGCAACAAGCCCACCACUUGUGAGUACCAAACGUCCGCCGCUCGCCAACAACCUUCUCCCCAGAUCCGACUUUGUCCCGGACAGCAGAUGGCAGACACUUCCAGGCUCUUCAUUACACCCUCGAGUCUUAUUUCACACAGAACGAAUCAAUUAAAGACUUAAGACCGCCGCAGUUUUAAAAGCCCACGAUGGCUUACUGUACUUAGUACAGUGAGUGGCACUGGCAUCAUUUACUGUGAUUUGUGGCAUUUCCGUCCUAAACAUUUUACAAUGUGCUCA